AUGGGGAUGCUGAAGGGGCUUCCUCCUCAGCUCGGUCGAGAUGAUGGAGAGGCUACAGGGAUGGGCGGCGAGGGUCGAAUUUGCUGCCUUCCAAAAAACCUAUACCUGCGCCUUGCUUCCAACUCCUCCAGUCGGUUUUUGUCCAUGGAGCAGCUGCCUGAGGAACUCAAAAUCAUCCUCUCUGAAAUGACGGCCAAGCUAAACAACAUCUCCAGCCUGGUGGAAAACUUCCAGGCGACUGGGGUCCUCAGCAGGACCCCACAUAUCUCGAAGAUGGUCAAGGUAAGUAUUGGUCUUGGGUCUGAGGGAACAGGCUCCAGGUGGCCAAGUCAUGUGCCUCAUGAGGCCCCCGUGGGUUCUAUCCAGACCACCCAGAACUCGGCUAAGAAGGAAGACAAGCCUGUCCCAGAGCCUGCAGAGCCCCAGAACCCCGAGUUCAAAGCCAUCCCAGGGCCUCCGCUAUCCACCAGACGUCGGUUCCUCUCAGAGGUUGACGAGCCCCAGGAUCCACAGCCUGUCUGGGACAAGGAGCCCCAUUUCUGGCAAGGCUCCCUGACCCAGGAAAUCUGGAAAUUUUUCAUGGACAGCCGCCAAGAGAACCAACACGGGGGCAAGGGUUUCUCACAGGAAAGUAAAGACUCAGGCCUGCGUUACUCUAAACCGGAACCUCAGCCCAGGCACAGAAACAGCCUGAGUGACUCUGCUGACCCCAUCCUGAUCAAGUCUCCCUCAGACCUGCUAAGUGAUUACCAAGAAGACAUCAGUGAGCCCCAGUUUGAGACCCAAGAGUCUUCUGGAAGAGCUCAUGAAUUUCUGAAUCCCUUGUUCUGGGACUCUGAAGUGCCGGGCACAUCACUCUGGCAAUCAGAGAGGUUCACUGUCCCGCAAGCGCUGCAGAAGGUGCGUGUGCUGAAACACCAGGAGCUGCUGUUGGCCAUAGCCGUGAGCUCCUUCACGCGGCACGUCUUCACCUGCAGCCAGAGUGGCAUCAAGGUGUGGAACCUCAUGAGCCAGGUAGCCGAGGACAGACACCCUGAAAGCCACUUGCAAUGUGACGGCGUCCAGCCUAACAGGGGAUACCUGCGCACCUGCCUGCUGUCCUCCAACAGCAGGACCCUGUUCGCGGGUGGAUAUAACCUGCCCGGCGUGUUCGUGUGGGACCUGGCAGCCCCGUCCCUGUAUGAGAAGUACCAACUGCCCUGCGACGGCCUGUCCUGCCAGGCGCUGGCCAGCACAAAGGAGAACAUGGUCUUUGCUGGCUUCACAGAUGGCACAGUCAGGAUAUGGGACCUGCGGACUCAGGAAAUAGUCAGGGACCUAAACAGCCCUGCCGGUGCGGCCAAAUGCCUUGUGAUCAAGGAUGACAGUGUCUGGAUGGGGGGUCUGGACGCCUGUCUGCGAUGCUGGGACCUGCGGGCGGCCAAGAUGUCGCUGGAGUAUCCGGUUCAGUCCCAGAUCAUGAGCCUGUCUCACAGUGUGACUGAAGACUGGCUGCUGCUGGGUCUGGCCGAUGGCCAGCACUGCCUCUUCAACAGCAGGGAGAGGAACCAGGUGCUCACUGUGGGUACCAAGGACCAGACCAUCUUAAGGCUCAGCUUCUCCCCAAACGGCCAGUGGUGGGUGAGUGUAGGUAUGGACAACCUCAUCACCGUCCACAGCAUGCCCAUGGGAGCGAAACUGUUUCAGGUCCCUGAGGCUGCCGUUGUGAGAGGCUUUGACAUCACUGAGAACAGCAGGCUGAUCGUCACAGGAUCUGGGGACUGUGCCUCCGUAUACCACAUCAAGUACUGACAGCUUCAACUCCCCUCCCCUAACUGCACAGUGGUGGAUGGCCAGGGUGUGAAGGGUCUGCGAUGCUUCCAGAGAGUUCCAUGAGGUGUGCAGACCCCGAGUCAUAGGUAAUAAAGCAUUUGAAAAGGCA